UGCUGUAGAUUUAGUUUAGUUCAAAUAUGGAUUAAUAUAAUAUACAUGCUGUCUCUCUCUGUUUCUGUCUCUGCCUGUUGAUAUGUCUGUCUGUCUCUUUCUUUAUCUCUCUACCUGUCUGUCUCUCUAUCGAUCUGCCUGCCUGUCUGUCUUGCUGUCUGAGUGGAAUGUCUGGCUGAAAAAUGAAGUUUGGUUUGAUGCGUUCCUUUCAAAUAAAGCAGCCUAAAAAUAAUGACACCCAAAACAGUUUCUGCUUCAGCAGUAUCAGAUUUCAUCCACCAUCUUAACUGAACAGCAAAGAUUUUCCUCUAACAACCUCACGGAGCUCUGUGCUGUUUUUCUUCCCUCUCCUCCUGUGAACCACCAGUGAUUUUGAAAAGAAGAAACUUGUUGACAUCUUACCUUUUAUUGAAUUUGACCUCCUGCACAUGUGCCGUGAAUCUGGUUGGACAAUCUGACUUUGAGAGCGAGAGAGAUACACACACACUUUUGAUCUAAAGGAGAGAAAGGCAUACAGAGAGGAUCCACACCCAUGCAGCAAUGGAAGAAAAACAGUUUCCAGUCUUUCACCGAGAACCAUCCAGAGAAGAAGGAAUGAAUGAAAGACAGGAGGUAGAAAACGGAGACGAAGAAAGGCUAGAUGACAGAGAGGAGAGGUCGACGGGUCAGGAGAGCAAGACGGAGAGCGAGAGACAGCUGGAUGGAGGACAGGAGACAUGGAGGGAUGAAGGAGAUGGAUCAUUGGCUGAUGAUGAAGAUGAAGGUGAUGAUGAUGAUGAUGGACAUGCAAUGAGUUUUGCGUUCACUCCUCUGGUGAAGAUUGUGAGGAAAACGGCUGAAAAACAAAUGGAGUGCGACGAGGUUGGUGUUGACUAUCUCAAAGCCACUGAUGUCAGCAUUGACGAUGUCAGCGUUGACUAUGUCAAAGCCAGUGAUGUCUGCACACACUGGGAGAACACAAAGCAGAGUCCUCAGAGCCGUUGUGUGUGUUGUGGUGAGAUGAUGAGCUCGGUCGUGUGUCUUUUAGUGGGUGUCGUGAUAUUUCCUCUCCUGGUGUGGGGGGGUCAUGACCUCUUGCCGUUAGACCUCCCCACGCUCAGGACCGCCCCCACCAGGCUGGUGUACACACUGCGCUGUGCGCUCUUCGCCACCUUCCCCAUCAUACUCGGUGUGUUGGUACAUGGCGUGUCCCGUCUGAAGUUCAGUUCUCUGAAUCCUUUGUUUGAGGGGAAGCGUGUGAGUCGUCACACACUCGUCCACAUAACCUACGUCCACGAUUCUCUCCGUCUCUUCCUGCUGUUCUUCGUGCAGCUCGCCGUGACAUCGACGUACAUUCACCAGGACGCUCUCAAACUCAUCCCACUGUUCACCAUAGUCUUCGUCUUCGGCAGGUUGAUCUACUGGCCAAGUGUGUGUUUCAGCAGUAGUGUGCGUGUGUUGGGGUUCUCCCUCUCCUUCACACCUGUUCUUGCUCUGGUGGGACUCAAUCUCUACUUCGUCUGCUCCUCAACAGGAGAGGGGGCUGUGUUUGAUGUAACUCCACCGACCACACCCCCACCCCCUAAAGCUAGGUGGUGGGGUUGAAGAAUAAACACGCUAAUAAAUAAAACUCUGACUCACUGCUCAUGUGCAGGACAUUAUGGGCAACACACACUGAAUAACCAUUGUGAUGAGACGUCUUGCUCGAAUGGAGAUCUGUCUUCUAGAGAUUGCGCAACGUGAAAUCCUGAAGAGUUGAUUUCCUGUAUUUUCCCCCACUUCCUGUUUACACCUCCUGGAGUCAGGACUCAGUACUGGACCUUUUAGUCUUAAGAAUAAUCUGUAUUUUUUUUUUUAAAUUAUAUAAAUUGCAAUAUAAACUUCAUAAUGAUGGUGUUUACUGUGUGAUUAACCCUUUUAUUCAUACGUGAUUAGAAGUCUUUUGAAAUUUUAGUUUUUGUUACUCAGAUCUGCUUAGUCAUAUUAUGAAUUUACACUUUUACUGAAAAAUCUGUUUUUUUAAGUUAUUGAACUUU